CUCUGAAACAACAAUAAUUGCAGAUAUAAGGAAAGCUGCUUUUAAUGAGCUUCCGGUAAAACACAAAUCCCAUUAUUACGGCGGAUCAAUCACAGCAGAUUUCUAAAAACUUUCCUUUUUUGAUUUGGUUUCUCCCACUUUCAUUUCUAAGGUACUGCUUCGUUUUCUUCUUCUUCAUCAUCAAAUAUCACUUCUCUAGUUUUGCAAUUACUGAAAUAAGUCUGGAAUUACUCGGCAGAGCUAGAGCUGGCGUUUUGUAUGAAAGGGUUGUGAUGAAAGACUGUUCUUGAUUCAAUUGGAUGUAGCUUAAAGAUUUGAUUUUGUUUGAAGGGUUUGUUUAUUUAUGGGCUGAGAGAUGAGAAUUCUGCUGGGAUUUGUGAUUUUCAGCUGUUUUUUGUGUUUUCUUGAAGAGUUUAUGUUAUUGCAGUUGUAAAAGGUUCAUAGGCUCUGAAGAGGUUUGACAAUCUAUCACAGAGCUGUUUGCAGUUAGCUUUCCUUGAUGAGCUUUGGAAAAUGGCCUCAUAUGGUGCUUCAAUAACUGGAAGUUAGUGUGGAAAAAUGGAAGGAGUAGAUUCUUCAGAAAUGGCUAGGAGUCUGUUGUAUGCAGCUGUAAUUCUUACGUGCUUUUGCUCUUUGGUUUCACCCGAUGUUCAAGGAGAUGCCUUGUUUGCAUUGAAGCAGUCACUGAAUGCAUCUAAUAGUCAGCUUCAAGAUUGGAAUAUUAAUCAAGUUAAUCCAUGCACUUGGUCCAAAAUCUCAUGUGAUGAUAGUUCCAAUGUCGUCAUGGUGUCAUUGUCUAAUAUGGGAUUUUCAGGCAAUUUAUCUCCAAAAAUCGGAGUUUUGAAGAAGCUCAACACACUAUCACUGCAAGGAAAUUUCAUAACUGGUAAGAUUCCUGAAGAAGUUGGAAAUUUGACAAGCUUGACUAUGUUGGACCUGGAAAACAACCAACUAUAUGGAGAAAUACCAGCUUCCCUUGGUAGCCUCAAGAACCUCCAGUUCUUGUUCUUGAAUCAAAACAAUCUCUCCGGGACAAUCCCUCAAUCACUUUCAAGCCUUCAUAGCUUGUAUAACUUGCAGCUCGAUUCGAAUGGUCUUACUGGUGAAAUACCUGAAAGUUUAUUUGAGGUCCCCAAAUACAACUUUACAGGCAACCGUCUGAAUUGUGGCCUCAAUUUCAGCCAUCUUUGUGAAUCUGGUAGAGCUCCUUCAGGCAAAUCAAAGACUGGAAUGGUUGUUGGCAUUGUUGUUGGAUUUCUUUGUAUUGUAAUCGCGGGAGGCUUACUGCUAUGUUUCUUGAGAGGCCGACAUAAAGGCUACAUGCGCGAGGUCUAUGUAGAUGUUCCAGGAGAAGUUGACCGGCGGAUAGAAUUUGGUCAGUUGAAAAGGUUUUUAUGGACAGAGUUGCAAAUUGCUACAGAGAACUUCAGUGAAAAGAACGUGCUGGGACAGGGAGGUUUUGGGAAAGUUUACAAAGGAGUACUCCCUGAUAACACAAAGAUUGCCGUUAAACGGUUAACAGACUAUGAGAGUCCCGGUGGAGAUGCUGCGUUCCACCGUGAAGUUGAGAUGAUAAGUGUGGCUGUUCACCGGAAUCUCUUAAGGCUCAUUGGGUUUUGCACCACACCAACAGAGCGACUUCUCGUAUACCCCUUCAUGCAAAACUUGAGUGUUGCCUAUCGAUUACGAGAACGCAAACCUGGGGAGGCUGUUCUAGAUUGGCCUACGAGAAAGCGUGUUGCAUUGGGCACGGCGCGUGGACUUGAGUACUUGCAUGAACAUUGUAACCCUAAAAUCAUCCACCGUGAUGUUAAGGCUGCAAAUGUAUUGUUGGAUGAAUACUUCGAAGCUGUUGUGGGCGAUUUUGGCCUGGCAAAGCUGGUGGAUGUUAGAAGGACGAAUGUGACAACUCAAGUUCGCGGAACGAUGGGACACAUAGCCCCUGAGUAUUUGUCUACCGGAAAAUCAUCAGAGAAAACCGAUGUUUUUGGCUACGGAAUCAUGCUUCUUGAGCUUGUAACAGGUCAACGCGCGAUCGAUUUCUCUCGCCUUGAAGAAGAAGAUGAUGUGUUAUUGCUUGAUCAUGUGAAGAAGCUGCAAAGAGAGAAGAGGCUACACGCCAUUGUAGACGGCAACCUGAACAAGAACUACAACAUAGAGGAAGUGGAGAUGAUGAUUCAGGUGGCUCUGCUGUGCACGCAGGCAUCGCCCGAAGAGCGCCCCGCAAUGUCGGUGGUAGUGAGGAUGUUGGAAGGGGAGGGUCUCGCCGAGAGGUGGGAGGAGUGGCAGCACGUCGAGGUCACCCGCAGGCAAGAGUACGAGCGGCUGCAGAGACGGUUUGAUUGGGGGGAGGACUCGAUCUAUAACCAGGACGCGAUUGAGCUGUCUGGGGGAAGAUGAAAGAAGUCUCAGUCAGUUGAAGGUGUUUUGUGAAGUUAGAGUUAGGGUAUUUUCAUGUCAGUUGGCUGAACACUUAGCCACAUUUGUUUUUUCCUCUAAUUCUUGUAUUGAUCUUUUUAGACAAGUAAUAUAUCCUGUUCAUAAACUCUGUCUAAUGACCGCACAGAUGUAGUAAUUCUUGUUACCUGAACAGAAAGUAUAGGUCUACAUUUGCUGCCUCACACUAAUAUGAGGGACAAUUGGUUGUUUGU